AGUCUUCACUGUUUACAUUCAUUAAACCAACUCUUACAUUCUUUUUUCACGUCGUCCCAAGUACGAACAGUUGUCGAUCGAUCUCGUAGCUGGUCUGGAUAUCAGUUUUGCAACUUCACACACUCAUUCAAAUCAAAUCCACCACGGUCUAUCACACAAGUUACUCAAAGUCACUUCAUUCCUCCCAAAACUUCAAAAUGCCUUCCAUGAUGAACACCGCCCUUUUCGGUCUUUUGGCCACUGCCGCUAAGGUUUCCGCCCACGGCUUCGUUGACGAGAUCAAGGUCGAUGGUACCUCAUUCACCGGAUACCUUGUCAACUCCUACCCAUACCAGGCCAGCGCACCUGAGUCUAUCGGAUGGAGCGAGACCUCAACCGAUCUUGGAUUUGUCUCUCCAUCCCAGUUCGCCUCUGGCGACAUCAUCUGCCACAACGGAGCCAAGAACGCUGCUCUCUCCGCACCAGUCAAGGCCGGUGGAAACGUUGACUUGCACUGGAACACAUGGCCAGAGUCUCACCACGGCCCAGUCAUCAACUACCUCGCCAACUGCGGUGGCGACUGCGCAACCGUUGACAAGGCCACCCUCAAGUGGUUCAAGAUCUCCGAGUCUGGUCUCCUCGAUAACAGCGCUGCCCCAGGUAACUGGGCUUCCGAUGCUUUGAUGGCCAACAACUUGACCGGAUCCGUCACCAUCCCAUCCACCAUCGCCCCAGGCAACUACGUCCUCCGCCACGAGAUCAUCGCUCUCCACUCCGCCGGCCAAGCCGAUGGAGCUCAGAACUACCCAUUCUGCGUCAACCUCGAGGUCUCCGGAUCCGGAACCGACAACCCAGAGGGUGUUCUCGGUACCUCGCUCUACACCCCAACUGAUGCCGGUAUCUUGGUCAGCAUUUACACUGCUGGUCUCACCUACGAGAUCCCCGGCCCAGCUCUCUACGCCGGUGGUUCUGGCUCUGGAUCCGCCCCAGCCCCUUCUGCACCAGCUGCCCCUGUUGCCUCUUCCACUGCGGCUCCAGCUGUCACCAGCCCCCCAGCUGCCGGUGCCCCUGCCCCAACCACCCUCGAAACUUCAAUCAAGCCAACUGCCACCCCUGAGGCCCCAGUCACAACUCCUGCCCCAGUUGAGGAUGACGAGGACACCUGCGAGUAAGCGUCUCGUCAAUUAUCUCACAACGACGCCACCAAAACCAACUUCAUGAGGUCUCUUUGGAAGGAAUCUCUCUUCGUGCAAACAAAAACCUUUGUUUUGUGACUUUGCGUUCUUGUAAAUAUUAUUUUAGUCCCGUGGAAACUUUUUCUUGGAUCUCUCUUGAGUGGUUUGGAAAAAAUAAAGGGCACGUGUAUACACAAUAUCUUCAUUCUUGUUGAGCAUUUUUGGGGGACGAUACCUUGGAUAGAAAGGAACUACAAUGAAAUCAUGAUCUAUGAUCUGUAUCAACGUU